CAAACCCUAUCUUCAAUUUGCCCGCCCAAACACUCCCCAAUUUCCCAAAUUCAAAAUUCAGUUCAUCAAAUCACAUCCAUUUCGUUUUUUUUUUUUUAUUCAGUCUCCAGAUAUCGCCUGCAAAAACUUCAAAUUGAAGUACUUCUCUCUUUUUUUACAUGAACAACCCCAAAGCUAUAAAUCAAAUCAAUCAAAUACUAAUCUCUGUUUCUAAUUGUUACUAAUUAUGGCAACCUCUGAUUCAACUCCUCCUCUUCCCGUCUCUGUUCCCCUCGCUCCUAAUAAGGAGAAUAUCACUCCAGUCGGUUCAAAAAUUGCAGAAUUAAAUGAAUCAAGGACUGAGCUGCUCAGUAGAAUUCAAGGGUUGAAACAGGAUCUGCAAAAUUGGAGGUCAAAAUUGGACACCCAAGUUAAAAUUUACGGCGAUGAGUUGACAGAAUUGAAGAAAACACUUAAUGUUGAAGUAGAGCAACUCCGUAGCGAAUUUCAAGAACUGAGGGGCACUCUCCAUCAGCAACAGGAAGAUGUUACUGCUAGCUUAAGAAAUUUGGGGCUGCAGGAUGUGUCAGAGGGUGCUAAAGAUGCUGAAGAUCCCAAGGUUGAAGGAAAGGAUGAGGAAGUGCAUACUUUACACAUAAAAGAAAAUGGCAAGGAAGUGGAGAACUAGAUGAGUUGAUAUUGGACCUUGCAUUCUUGUAUUUCUUGCUCCUGGAGCUUGUUAUGAACUAUUACCAUGUUUCUUAGGUUAAAAUUCCGAGUUUACCAUGUUGUCUAGCACAGGAAAGAGCUUUCAUCUGAAUUAAUUGAUAUGCUAUUGGCAUUUAAUUACUCUUCUUUUUUAAAGCAUGCUCCGAUAUGGUCACGAUGAAGCCAAAACAAUAUCAUCUUCUGUCUUCCAGCCUGUGCUUUUGAUCAGUAUGCACCUAGGCUCACUCAAUGAGCUCAGGAAAGGG